AUGCCGGCCCUCCUGCUCCUCGGGACCCUCCUGUUCCUGGCCUCGACUACCGGCCAGGCUGGGGCGCGUCCGUCCAACGCCACGAGCGCCGAGCCCCCGGGUCCGCUGCCCGCCCUGCUGGCGCACCUGCGGCGCCUGACCGGGGCGCUGACGGGCGGCGGGGGCGCAGCGGGCCCGGGGGCCAACGGCACAAGAGCCAGCACCCCGAGCUCGGCGGGUGCUGCCGCACGGGCGCCCCCUCCGGCUGAGCUGUGCCACGGCUACUACGACGUCAUGGGCCAGUACGACGCCACCUUCAACUGCAGCACCGGCUCCUACCGCUUCUGCUGCGGCACCUGCCACUACCGCUUCUGCUGCGAGCACCGCCACAUGCGCCUGGCGCAGGCCUCCUGCUCCAACUACGACACGCCGCGCUGGGCCACCACGCCGCCGCCGCUGGCCGGGGGCGCCGGGGGCGCUGGGGGUGCGGGCGGGGGACCUGGGCCCGGCCAGGCCGGGUGGCUGGAAGGGGGCCGGGCGGGGGGCGCUGGGGGGCGUGGGGGCGAGGGCCCAGGGGGCAGCACAGCCUACGUGGUGUGCGGGGUCAUCAGCUUCGCCCUGGCCGUGGGCGUCGGCGCCAAAGUGGCCUUCAGCAAGGCGUCCCGUGCGCCCAGGGCGCAUCGGGAGAUCAACGUGCCCAGGGCUCUGGUGGACAUUCUGAGACAUCAGGCGGGGCCCGGGGCCCGCCCAGACCGGGCACGAAGCAGCUCCCUAACCCCAGGGGUCGGAGGCCCCGACAGCAUGCCGCCGAGGACGCCCAAGAACCUCUACAACCCCGUGAAGCCCUCCAAUCUCGAUAACCUGCACCACAACUACCUGCACCUCAACGUCAAUAGCCCCAAACACCACGCUGCCACUCUGGACUGGCGGGCCGUCCCGCCGCCCAGCCCCUCCUUGCGCUACUCCACGCUAUCCUGCUCGCGGUCCUUCCACAACCUCUCGCAUCUGCCCCCGUCCUACGAGGCCGCCGUGAAAUCGGAGCUCAACCGCUACUCCUCUCUCAAGAGGCUCGCCGAGAAGGACCUGGACGAGGCCUACCUGAAGCGCCGGCACCUGGCAGAGGUGCCCCGCGGGACGCUGCCCCUGCACGCGCUGCGGCGACCCGGCACGGGGGGUGGCUACCGCAUGGAUGCCUGGGGCAGCCCCGAGGAGCUGGGCCUGGCCCCUGCGCCCCACCCGCGGCGCGUCAUGUCCCAGGAGCACCUGCUGGGUGACGGGGGCCGGUCGCGCUACGAGUUUACGCUGCCGCGUGCGCGCCUUGUGUCCCAGGAGCACCUGCUCCUGUCGUCACCCGAGGCCCUGCGCCAGAGCCGCGAGCACCUCCUGUCACCCCCGCGCAGCCCCGCGCUGCCCCCCGAGCCCGCCGCGCGUGCCAGCUUGGCCGCCUCGCACUCCAACCUGCUGCUGGGGCCCGGGGGCCCCCCCACGCCACUGCACGGCCUACCACCGCCGCCUGGCCUGCACGCACACCACCACCACGCCCUGCACGGCUCGCCGCAGCCUGCCUGGAUGUCAGACGCCGGCGGGGGUGGGGGCACGCUGGCCCGCAGGCCGCCCUUCCAGCGCCAGGGCACGCUGGAGCAGCUGCAGUUCAUCCCCGGCCAUCACCUGCCCCAACACCUCCGCACGGCCAGCAAGAACGAGGUGACUGUCUGA